AUGCCCACCACCUCAAACCUUAGCAUAUCCUACCCUUUUGGCACUACCCCAUCAGCAUCAGCAUCAUUAGCCAUGGACUGGUUCUCCUGGCUAUCCAGAACCACUCUUGAGCCCUCCUUAAUCUACGACUAUGGCCUCACCUUUGCACGCAAUGAGCUUCAAUUGGAGGAUGCUUGCUACUUCAACCACGAGUUUCUUCAGAGCAUGGGCAUCUCAAUUGCCAAGCACAGGCUAGAGAUUCUCAAGCUUGUGAAGAAGGAAGGAGGAGGAAGAGGAGGAGGUCGUCCCAAGAAGCUCUCUGGGGUCAUCAAGAAGUGUCUUAGGAAGUGCAUGAACAAGUUUGUUUCUCGUGAUGGUGAUCAUGUAGUGAAAGGCGUGCCCUCCUUGAUGCCUGUGUCAGUGACACCACCUGAUAUUAAUUGGUAUCAAGGGAAACUAAAAGGGUCACCAAUUGUGAGGAAGCAACUAGAAGGGUGUGAAGAUGUUAAGGAAGAAAAGCCUCUACCUGUGCCCCCCAUGUACAGAAGCAGAACCAUAGCACUUUCAGGACCUUUGGAUGGCAGUAGAAUCAUGCACGACAAAAUGGUCCACAACAGGGCCUUGAAGCUAUCUGGACCACUUGACGGAAGAAUGCAUGAGAGAAUCAUGAACUGUAAUAGAAGCCCCUUAAUACCUAGGCCUUUGGAUGCAAGAUUCUUAGCCGCAACAAAGAGUCCAAGAGUGUCUGGGCCUCUGGAUCCAAGAGUCACGGUUGAGAACAAAAGCCGAAGACUGCGAAGGCCUUCGGACUCAACAAGGGCUGACAUUGAAAGCCCAAUGAGUUACAGUCCUUAUAACAAGCCCAAAGCUGAUUUUGAUUAUGACGAUGACCACACACUCUGGCCUUCACUGUUUCAAGAUCUGAAACCAACUUGA